AUGCCGCCUAGCUACAAGGCUACAACAGGCUACCACCUAGCACGACUAGUAGACGCGGCGAAGGCCAUGCCGCCUAGAACAGUCUACGACCUAGAUACGACAAUAGGCUACGACCUAGACACGCUUCGGCCUCCAGAGGCCACGAAGAUCGUGAAGAUCACGGAGCGCGAA